AUGUCAGCCAUCCUCUCUGCCGACGACCUGAACGAUUUCAUAUCCCCCGGCGUCGCUUGUAUAAAACCGAUCGAAACCCUUCCCACCGCGCCACCACCACAAGCUUCCGAAUCCCUCGAAUUCGAAGUCAUCCUCGACGGUCAGCAACCCUCUGCCUCACAACCCGCCGGCCCGGCGCAAAUAUCCCUCACCGACUGCCUAGCCUGCUCAGGCUGCGUAACCUCGGCCGAAGCCGUCCUCGUCUCCCUCCAAUCCCACAAUGAAGUCCUCUCCCUCCUGGACUCAGCCCCCAGCCUCGCCCUCUCCCAAGAUGGCACCACCAUAACCACCAACCUCGACGGAAACCCCUCCUCCAAACUCUUCGUCUGCUCAGUAUCCCCCCAAGUCCUGGCCUCCCUCGCCGCCGCGAUAGGAAACAACACCACCCAAUCCCAAGCAGCAAACAUGAUCACCCACCUCCUCUCCAACCCCUCCCUCGGCCUCCCCUCAGGCGGCAGACACAACAACGGCUUCACCUACAUCGUCUCCACCAACCGUGCCCGCGAAGCCUCCCUAGUCCUAGGCGCCGACGAAGUCAUCUCCUCCUCCUCCAACGACAUCAAAAAACCAGUCCUAACCUCCAGCUGCCCAGGCUGGGUCUGCUACGCCGAAAAGACCCACCCCUACGUCCUCCCCUACCUCUCAAAAGUCAAAUCCCCCCAGGCCCUCACCGGCACCCUCCUCAAAACAACCCUCUCCAAAACACUCAACAUCUCCCCAGACAGGAUAUGGCACCUCUCCAUAAUGCCCUGCUUCGACAAGAAGCUCGAGGCCAGCCGGGAAGAGCUCACCGAUGCCGUCUGGAACAACACCUCCAACAACCCAGCCACAACCACAACUCAAAAAGGAAUCAGAGACGUCGACUGCGUAAUCACCACCAAAGAAAUCCUCAUGCUCGCCGAGUCACGCAACAUUAAUUUCUUCUCUCUACCUAAAACCCCCCUCCCCCAAACCACGCCCUUCCCUCACAAAGCCAUGGGCGAUUUCCUUUUGCCUUUUUCCGCCCCGGGGAAGAAAAACGAACAGCAAUCCCUUUCUGCGGGCACCUCCGGCGGAAAUCUUCAUUACAUCCUCCACACGCUCCUCUCCCAAAACCCCGGUUCAACUUUGACCACCACCCGAGGCCGCAAUGCCGACGUAAUAGAGUACUCGAUUCUCUCCUCUUCGGGGGAACAAAUCUUCAAAGCCGCCCGCUACUACGGCUUCCGCAACAUCCAAAACCUCGUUCGGAAGCUCAAGCCCGCCAGACCCCCCCGCAUGCCUGGAGGAAAACCGUUUGGUUCAGCUCGACGACCUGGAAAGGCCGCGGGAGCCACCAACGCGCUGGAUUUCUCCUAUGUCGAGGUGAUGGCGUGUCCGGGGGGUUGCACCAACGGUGGUGGACAGCUCAAGGUGGACGACCCGAUUGUCCUCGAGAGGAUGGGUUUUGGUGGGACCGAAAACAAACCUGGGCCGCAGGAGCAAAAGGCUUGGUUGGAGGUGGUGGAUGAGGCGUACUUUUCUGGUGAUGAUGAGGAGACAUCAUCAUCUGAAAGGACAGAUGAUGGCCUCGUGGUGGCUGGGAUAUCACCCGGUUAUGUUCGGGAUGUGCUGAGGGUGUGGUCGGAGCUGACGUCGGUGCCGGUGGAGAAGUUGGCGUAUACCACCUUUCGGGAGGUGGUUAGUGAUGUGGGAAAGACGCAGACUGACACUGAACGGGUGGUUCAGUUGGCGGGGAAGAUUGGUGGUGGUUGGUAG